GAAACUGACUUGGUAUCCAAGCCUGGUGAAAAGUUGACAUUUGAGCCCACGAUCAAUCAAUUGCACAGCAGUUUCUCGCUUUUGACAACGGACACAAGAAAAGCACAAUAGCGUUUAGUCGAGUGACAAAGAAAAUGAGUUAGAUUUGGUCUUCAAAAGGCUUCUUUCCUCUUGGUGAGAAAGUUUCCUCUCUGCAGUUAUCUUCUUGAGGAAGCAUGGAUCACAGGGAUGGCGCGACCACUCCUCCAUACUUGUCUGGUUACAGAGGAUAUCGAUAUGGCGUAGACUCACCACACAGGGCUAGCAUCCGUUCUUCGUCAUCCUUUCCUGGUGCAAGUGGAUCAGUGUCUUCAUUUCACGACAAUCUUCAACCAUCUCCAAGAGGAACUGUUCCUCAAACUAACAGUAGAGCUGUGGUGUCAGCUCUAAAGGGACUGCAGGAAAAAAUUCGCAAACUUGAGUUGGAGAGAGCAGAUGCAGAGGACAACUUGAAAAAAUUGGCUACUGAGUCCAGACAUUACAAAGACGCAUUACAAAAGGAGUUAACUGUGCGAGAAUCUACUCAAGGAGUUAUUGCAAAGCAAAACAAAGAUUUGGAAGAGGAUCUUCAAGGUGCUGAGGCUCGAUGCAAUUUAUUAGAAAAACAGUUGGAUUACAUGCGUAAGAUGGUUCAAACAGCUGAAACGGAUCGAGACACAGCAAUACAGAGGUCGGCAAUGGUGGCUAAACAAGCCGCUCAGCAGACAUCAGAUGAGAUUAGAGGACAGCUGGAAAAACUAUCCGGACUUGAAAGAGAUCACAUGAAAUUAACAGCAUCGCAUUCUAUUGCUGAAAGUAAAAUCAGAGAAUUGGAAGAUAGACUAAGAGAAGAGGCUCAUCAAAGAAAACUAGUGCAGGACAAGACUGCCGAGGUUGUUCGUAAUAGGCCCUUUGCAUAACCCUGUCGCAUGAUCUUUUCAAUUAUCAAAAAGCCACAUAAUUUACUAAGUCUGUUUUUUUGGUCAGGAAUAUUGCCAACUUAGGGGCCAUUGAUGUCUUAAAGAUUGGUAUAUUUUUACAGCAGUUUGAAAGUUGGCUGUGCAAAAUCUGGGGGCGAGACUUUGCACACCCACAGAUUUCCACAGCCAUUUUUUUCUUGUACUUGUUUUGACGUCAUGCUCAAGGGGCUAAGCUAAAGAGAGACUACUCGUGGUCUAAGAUCUGUGGAGGAAAACUUGUUGGAUUGGAACUAUGCCAUCCAGCACACAAAUUCUUUAAAAUUUUUCCAACUUUCUGCCUCCAUAAACUCUGGCAAUUAAACAUUUUUUUCCCAAUAGUCUCAAAAUUGGCAGUGUUACAAAUAUCAUAACACCCUUUUGAUUCCUGACAUCCAUUUUAUUUCAUUGCAAAGUUCACACGACAGUGUUAUACAAGAGGCCUAUUAUUAUUAUUUAAGAAAUUUAAAGUCAUAUUUCAGAAUAUAAUAUUUGUAGGUGACUUUCACAGCUGCAUGCUUUGUAGAAGAUAAUUUAAGGUUCUUUUGC